AGCUCAGGCCUGCCGAGGUACUAUCGGCCUGCCUUAUCCCCCGCAUCCCUCCACCGGCAUCGCAACCGACCGGGUUUCAACCAGGCGAUUCUCUUGUCCGAGAAGCGACAGGGAGACUGUUGAUACAUAAAAGCCUGUGACAGCUCCCCCCUUUUGUGCUCGUCGCUUUGUAAAAUUGUAUUCUGUAAUUCUAAUCUUGUACCAACCUCCGUCCCACGACACCUCAUUCUUGUAUAUCUCUUUGCCACAUAUUAAACUUUCACAAUGGCUGGCCCCGGAGUUGGUUUCGAGUACCCGUCCAAGAGUGUCUCUUGGUGCAAGAGGGAUCUUUUGCUCUUUGCCCAGUCCAUUGGAUGCAAGGCCGAGGAGCUUCACUUCCUCUACGAGCUUCAUCCCAACUUCGCUCCUUUCCCCACCUACCCUCUGGCUUUGUCUUUCAAGCUUGAUUCUUCAGAUGUAGUCGACUUCUAUGCCGCCCAGAAGUCCGUUGCCAUCCCCGGCGUGCCUGUCUUCGACCCCGCUCGUGUCGUUGACGGACAGCGCCGGAUCGAGUUCUUCAAGCAGCUUCCCACCUCCUCCGAGGGCAAGAAGUUCGAGUCGCGGACCAAGGUUGUCGGCGUCUAUGACAAGGGUCGCCCGGGCUCUGUCGUUGAGACCCAGACCGAUAUCGUAGAUGCUGCCAACAACGAGGUUUACUCGCGCAUCCACACCUCUUCCUUCUACGUCAACCAGGGCAACUGGGGUGGCCCCAAGGGUCCCGCCACCCAGAACUUCCCCCCGCCCAAGGACAAGAAGCCCGAUGCUGUGUUUGAGAACCAGACGACUCCCGAGACCCCCUUGCUGUACCGCCUCAACGGCGACUACAACCCCCUCCAUGCCGAUCCCGAGCCCGGCAAGAAGAUGGGCUUUGGAGGCGUCAUUAUUCACGGUCUGUACUCGUGGAACUGGGCCUGCCACGGCCUUCUUCAGCACCUUGGCGGCAGCGACCCUGCCAACAUCAAGGAGUACCAGGCCCGCUUCGCUAGCCCCGUCCGUGGUGGUGAUAAGCUUGUUGCGUCCGCAUGGAAGACUGGUGAGAUCAAGGAUGGCUGGGAGGAGAUUCGCUUCCAAGUCCAGAUCGAGGGUGGUAAGGUCGUACUCAGCAACGGCCGCGCCUUGAUGAAGUGCGUCGGACCUGCUCCUCAGAGCAAGUUGUAAAAGAAACAUUGUCAUUUUUGUAUAUAUAGGCAUGAGCAAGCGGCUGCUGUUUGCAUGACAUGACAACGAAGGAAAGAUUUCAUGAUACCAUAACGAUACCAGCAGUAAUAACUAAUGGACGGAUGUUUAAUCUUACUGCUAGUGUUAGCGGCAUCUUUCACUUGAUCGCUUGGGGUCAAAAUUUGCAAUGCCAUGAG